AUGUUCAGGGGCGCUUGGAUGUGGCCCGGAAAAGACGCCGCCGCGCUGACUAUCUGCUGCUGCUGCUGCUGCUGGGCUCCCAGGCCGAGCGACAAACCUUGCGCCGACUCCGAGCGGGCGCAGCGAUGGCGACUGUCCCUGGCGUCCCUGCUCUUCUUCACCGUGCUGCUCGCUGACCAUCUGUGGCUGUGCGCGGGGGCCCGGCCCCGAGCCAGGGAGCUGAGCAGCGCCAUGCGGCCGCCCUGGGGGGCCGGCCGGGAGCGGCAGCCGGUGCCUCCUCGCGCGGUGCUGCCCCUGCCGCCGCCGCCGCCGCCGCCUCCCGGCCAGCCCAGCGCGCCCCCGGGCACCUGCGGCCCGGGAUACAGCAACCUGACCAAAGCCGCCGCCGCCGCCGGUCCCGGGCCGGACUGCGGCGGCGUCCCGGAACCCACGGGGCUGGACGCAGCUUGCACCAAAUUGCAAUCUUUGCAGAGACUUUUCGAACCGACUACCCCAGCGCCCCCUCUGCGGCCCCCCGACUCCCCUUCCCGUGCCCCGGCCGAGUUCCCCACCGCCAAAAAAAACUUGCUCAAAGGCCACUUUCGGAACUUCACUCUUUCCUUUUGCGACACCUACACGGUCUGGGACUUGCUGCUGGGCAUGGACCGCCCCGACAGCCUGGACUGCAGCCUGGACAACCUGCUGGGGGACCUGCUGGCCGUGGUGGCUAGCCCGGGCUCCGGGGCCUGGGAGGUGUGUAGCAACUGUAUCGAGGCGUACCAGCGGCUCGACCGACAUGCUCAGGAAAAAUAUGACGAGUUCGACCUCGUGCUGCAUAAAUACUUACAGGCAGAAGAGUAUUCAAUCCGGUCCUGCACGAAAGGCUGUAAGGCUGUCUACAAGGCCUGGCUGUGCUCAGAAUACUUCACCGUGACCCAGCAGGAAUGCCAGCGCUGGGUGCCCUGCAAGCAAUACUGCCUGGAGGUGCAGACCCGGUGCCCCUUUAUCCUCCCUGACAAUGAGGAAAUGGUAUACGGAGGGCUCCCUGGCUUUAUCUGUACAGGGUUGCUGGAUACUUCACCAAAGCGGCCAGAAACCAAGUGCUGUGACGUGCAGUGGGUCUCCUGUGAGUCGGAGAAGAAGAAGUUCAAGGAGUCUGAAGCCCCCAAAACCCACCACCAGCAAUUCCACCACUCUUAUUUCCACCACUACCACCAACAGUACCACCACUACCAUCCCCGCCACGAGCCCCCAGGCCGUCUCGGCCACAAGCCCUCCCUGCUGCCGGUUUCUGGGGGCUCCCGCCUCAGCCCCAGCAGGAUCCGGCUCUACAUCCUUGUUCUCGUGCUCCUCCAUACCAUGGUGUCCUUCUCCAGCAGCCAGAGUGGUGGGGGACCGGGCCUGGAGGCACUGCCUGCCCUAGACGAGGGCCUGGCUCGGGAAGAGUGACCGCAGGGAGGGAGAUCAGACCUCCACCACACACCGACAUCAACUCCAGCUCCCCCAAGGGGAGGGGGAGGGGGCCCCUCCCAUGGGAGGUGUAGGACCAGGUAGGGGGCAGGGGAAAUGGGGGGAUCACACAUCACCCCCAACCAACCCCCACCCCAAAAGCAGCUCCAACAGAGCCGCCAAAGGGCCCCAGGAAACUGCAAAACUCAUCCAGGAGAAAAAGGCAGGAGCAGCAGGUGCCCCCCUCCCAGGCUCCAUAUAUGGAACUUAGCCAAAAGAAAAGGGGAGGGGGGGUGGGGGCUGGAAAUGCCCACCCCUACUAGAGCCCUGACCCCAGGGAAGAAGGCUGUUUAUCUGGUCUUGGCCCUGCAGGGAAUGUUGGGGGGCACAGAGGGGAGAAACUCUUUUCCCCCUCUGCAUUCCUUUUGUUGCCACGAUCCUUAAUUCCCUCCUGCCCAUACUCCUACAGGCAAUGGCAGACGAUGCAGUGGCCUUCCUCCGCUCCAGCGCCCCUUGUCCCAUGGCGGGGCGGGGGGGGGGAGGGGCCUGCCACAAGGAAGGACCAGGCUGGGACACAAGGUGUAUGCAGUUGCAGCUAGGUUGGGGCCCCAGUUAAGAUGUGCCCCAGCACCCUAGGUGAUAGGAAUAGUGGAGGGCGGGAGUGGAGAGGAGAGAGGAACACAGAGGGCUUAAAAAGAUGGCUGAAUGGCCUGUCACCACCUGGCACUGGGGAGGCAGAUGAUCAGUGUUGAAGCAGGCUCAAGGACACCGCCCCAAAUCAGAAAAGGUUGCAAAAGGAGCCCUCUGGGGAAAAGAGCACAGGGACUGGGGUCUUGGGCCUUGAAACCGAAGACUGAGGGCACAUGGUCAGACUGCCACUGUCUGAAGGGCCAUAUCUUACAGAAGGUGCACAUACUCCCAAGGGCCACUCUUGCCCUGGAGAUCUUGGCCUUGGGGCCAAAGACGUUUCCAUUUCUGAUCUCCACGGGGAGGAGGGACUUAAGCCCAAGAGGGUCAGGCCUGGCCUGGGUCCCCAAACUCCCCCAACUCAUCCUAGCCCAGGCCUCAAUGAAGGAAACCCUGGUGGUGUUGCCCCAGGGCUUUCCAGAGAUGAGCCUCCCCAUCCCCAGCCUGUCCCCAUUCCCAGCCUACCAAAGAGUAUUCAUCCCUUCCAAUCCCUGACCCCAUGGGUUACUAUCCUAAUUGUGGAACCAUCAGACUGCUCCUCACCCUAUAGCGGGUCCCCUAAUCCAGCCACCCUUGCCCCUUGCUGGAGAAAGUCCAGAAACUAGCAAGAGGACCCACUGGAUAAAGACAAUGUGCUGUGGUCCCUUGGCCAAGAGACUUGAAGUAUUUAGUCAGGCUACAGUGCUGCAUGAGAGAAGAGGCCUGCAGAGACCCUUGGGGGCCAUCAGCCUCGUGCUGAUCUCCUGGGAGUGGAAGGCCUGGGACAUCUACAAACCAAUAGGCACAGACAAGAAAGGGAGCCACAACUAUGUUUCUGGGACAGGCCAAGUGGCUUUCAGUGCCAGAAAGGCCUGUGUCUGGGAUGAGAUGCCAGUGAGUUAAGGUAGGGGGUGGGGAGUGGUGGACCUGGAACUGCAUUAGGCAAAACAAAGACUGGGACAGCUGGAACCGGUUGGCUGAGGGAUAAAUAAGAGACCUCAGUAGUAGAGAGGGAAUCAUUCAAGGGCCUCAUCAGGGUCCCCAAAUAGGCUCUGUGAGGCUGCAGAGUCCUUCCACGCCAGGUUUCUCAUUUCUCACAGCGUGUCCCCCAACCCACCUCCAGCCCUGUGCCCUGGCCACAUGCUCCCUGUUGGACCUUCAGCAUUUCAGGCCUAGCCACAUACCCCAUCUCUAGAGUGCUCUUUUCAGCUGGGGAGGGUAAGAGGUGCUGGCUCCUUUCCAGAGAUGCUUUUGUAGACGUGAGAGACCCUAGGUACUGCCUUCUAAUUCCUGCAUCCUCAAGAGGGGCAAAGGGACUGGGAAGUAAAGGGGGGGCCUUAGGGCCCCAGGAAAUGGACCCUUGGAGACUCCCACCCCACUUCCCCCUCACCAAGUGCCCAGGAGACCCCUGGCUCAGACCAGCCCAGGGCCUUGCCCAGUGGCAGGGGAAAGGGGCACCUCACUCCACUUCGAAGUCAUUUGACUGUCCCCAUCUACCCCACUGCCCAGAUCUUCCACCACCCCUUCAGCUGCCUCUGCCCUUCGUCACAGGCAGCGGAGCUGGGCAGCUUUCUUACGCCAUUUUCUACACUGUGCUUCAUGAGUAGGACUUUCUUGCACUAGUUCCUAUGACUGAGUCUCCAAGUCGGAUUCCUAGUAGUCCCCCUCCCUCACCUGGCUAUGACUCACUUGUUGCCCUACCCCUGCCUCUGUGUUUCGGUGAGAGUCUGUAUGUGUACCGCUUUCUGUUUUGUUGCAUUGUGGGGCAGAGGCCUCUCUGCUCUUGUUUAACCCCAUAAAGAAAUAAAUGGUAAAGAGUU